AAUCGGGUGGUCGUUACUAAACUACAGCAGCUUCUCUUUACAGAGUGACAGUAAACGUUGCUACAACUCCAAAACGUCUACCUUUACAUAAACCAACCAUUUUGCUAACGUCAGAAUGGCUUUUCGUGAUCCAGGAUUACAGUAAAACAUGUCAUUUCAUCCGGGCUAACAGAGCUGAAAUGCGACCCUUAGCUUCUCCUGAACUGCUAACAGCACCGGCUGCAGUGUCGAGCAUCUCAAACCAGGAGCCAAAUAAAGGCCAAACUUGUGUUCAGUACCUUCGAAACAACAACCCAAGAUUGAGAUUAAAUGUUAUUUCGUCGGAAAAGUCGCAGCCGGACAGACCAAGAACAGGAGACCAUUCAGAAUUAAGAGGUAGUUCAGAAAACACUGUUGGUGACGUAUGUGGACGACAUUUUCUGUUUGAUCCAAGAUGGAGAAAUGGGGUAUACUGCAGGAAUAAUUUGACAGAUGACGCGCUAAUGAAACCCAUCUUGCCUCUGGUUUUUCGAGAUUACGGCGUACAUCGGUCCCACAAUUUAAACAGAUUUUCUCAUCGAAAACAACUGUCCUACAGAAUGACAAAGCCCUGCACUUUUGGGUCCUUUGAGGAAUAUGAUCUUCCAACAGCUCCAUCAGUUCUGUUAACAGUUACCACGCCACCGAUCAGAGGAAGGAGAUCAAUUACUUUUACUGAAAGUUCUAAAAACAGGUCAAGGAUCAGAGUUACGAACAGAGUUCAUAAUCUCCUCACUGUUAGAUUUAACAACACAACUCAGUCAUAUCCUGAUCCAGUCUUGGGGGCUCCACCAUCGUUCGUCCAAAGAAUUUCUGAAAUCUCCUCACUGCAGGAGGAGACAGUGCGUCAGGAGAAGCUAAAAAAUCUGAAAAAGUACAAGAGACAGGAAACAUAA